UUCCAAGGCACCGCAAAGCCCUAAAACUCAGGAACGCUGGUCUGUUUUUCUCCUAUCCUUUUCGAUUCUUCUCGCAUUCACGCUGCUCUUGUGUCUCGCGAUCGAUCUCUUCUCCUCCUGCUCCCCCUUCCCCUCCGCCGUUGCUUCACGUCCUCGUAGAUCCUGGAGUAAGAGUUUCAGGAUGGCAGCUCGAUCUGUGGCCGUGGGUCUGCUCAAGAGAGCGUUGUCCUCGCAGCAGCAGGUGCGGGGGAUGUCGUCCGCGACUCCCAAACGGAAGGUGGCUGUCUUGGGAGCUGCUGGUGGCAUUGGUCAGCCUUUGGGACUUCUGAUGAAGCUCAACCCCUUGGUUACUGAUCUCUCCUUGUACGAUAUCGCUGGUACCCCCGGCGUCGCCUGCGACAUCAGCCACAUUAACACCGGUGCCAACGUAGAGGGAUUUGCCGGAGAAGAGGAUCUUGCAAAGGCGUUGAAGGGAUGCGACCUAGUUAUCAUUCCUGCGGGAGUGCCCCGUAAGCCUGGAAUGACCCGUGAUGAUCUGUUCAACAUCAAUGCUGGGAUUGUAAGGUCUCUGGCAUCAGCAAUUGCCGAGCACUGCCCCGGGGCUCUGGUUAACAUGAUCAGUAAUCCCGUGAAUUCAACUGUGCCUAUUGCGGCCGAGGUGUUCAAGCAGAAGGGUACCUAUGAUCCCAAGAGGCUGUUUGGUGUCACCACCUUGGAUGUUGUACGAGCAAGGACUUUCCUAGCCCACAGGAAGGGUCUUAAUGUGAGAGAUGUCGAUGUACCUGUUGUUGGAGGUCAUGCAGGCAUUACCAUCCUUCCCCUGUUUUCACAGGCCACUCCCAAGGUUGAUUUGAGUGACGAGGAACUCGACGCUCUUACCAAGCGUACUCAAGAUGGUGGAACGGAGGUCGUCCAAGCUAAGGCCGGCAAGGGCUCCGCAACUUUAUCUAUGGCAUAUGCUGGAGCUCUAUUUGCUGAGUCUUGCGUGAAGGGUAUGAACGGUGCCCAGGAUAUUGUGGAAUGCAGCUAUGUUGCGUCAUCUGUUGUUCCUGGCUUGCCUUACUUCUCAUCGAAGGUGCGUUUGGGCCCCAAUGGUGUUGAGGAGGUUUUGGGCUUGGGAAAAUUGUCUGACUACGAGCAAAAGGGUCUUGAUUCAUUGAAGUCCGAGUUGAUGUCCUCAAUCGAAAAGGGUGUGAACUUUGUCAAUGUCAAGACUUGAAGUUGACAGAAACAUGCUCUUUCUGUAGCUCUAGUUCUAAUUCCUGACUUGGGCCUUCCACCCUAUUCGAGUUUUCUUCUGAGUCCACUGGACCGAAUAGAUGAAGUGAGUAAUGCUCCUGCCAAUCUCCUGUUAGAAAGCAGUCUACUUUUUGCCGCUAUCUGCCAUCCUCGUUAUCUUGUUACAUUACGGGUAAACUGAGAAAGCAAUUUUCAUGAGCACGGAACAUUAUUUAACCUUUACCAUACUUUGGUUUGGGUGUUAAGGUCCUGAUUUUCUCGUCAGCUUUUUUCGUACUUCUUUGUUAAUCUGGGCCUUGCGAGCUCUCAACUGCUUCAGUAA